AUGAGCGUCGCAUACGAGCCUCGGUCCUUUAUCCAUGAGGGCGCAUAUCCCCCCAUAGGCGACGAGCACGACCACGUUGCCGAGCAGCGUUAUACCGACUCCGAUGUUGCCGAGCACCUCAGCCAUUAUACCGCAGAAGCCUCUCUGCUACCGGACGACAGAGGUGUCAUUGGAGACGAAAGAGAUAUUCUAGCAGACGACGAUGCCGUUGUUCCGGAAGCGUCCCAGCUCGACCUAGGUGCACCAGAAUUCUCAUCACCUCUUCAAGUUGCGCUACAUGCGCCGCCGCUACCAGAUCCCAUACCGGAAAACAAGGAGCCUCCACGAAGUGACAUAUCUUCUCCGUCAUCGCGGCUAAAACAAAUUCCCAAGCCCGAACGUGAGGUCCACAAGAAGUCAGAUGGCAAGUUUCACUGCCCACUAGAUGACUGCAAGGAGGAUAUUCGAGCAUUCUCUCGCAAGUGCGAAUGGAACAAACAUAUGGACAAGCACGAACGUCCUUACCGCUGCCCGGCCGAAGGUUGCGAAAACCUACCAGGCUUUACAUAUUCCGGCGGCCUUCUCCGACAUGAGCGAGAAGUUCAUGGGAAGCACGGUGGUCCCAAGAACACCGUCAACUGCCCACACCCCAACUGCAAGCGACAUACUGGCAAGGGCUUUUCUCGGCAGGAGAAUCUUAACGAGCAUCUUCGACGAGUACAUACCAACAUGGACACCUCUGCAUCUCCAAUCGAAAUUGUUGCCUCACCAGAGGACGACGAGAGCGAGAAAUCCGGGUCUAAGCGCAAACGUCGUCUGAGCAGUCAGGGCAUAGACGAACUGUCCGAUCUUCGGGAUGAAAUCAAGAGGGUGCGAGAGGAAAACGAAAAGCUCAAGUCCGAGAUGGAUCAACAAUCACAGCACUCUCUGGCCAUGAUGGCACAGAUUGCAGAGCUGCAAGACGCCUUACGUCACAGCCUCAAUCCUCAUGGGCUUGGAGCCCCAACAGCACAGAUGAUCUAG